AUGAAACCCUGUCAGAAAAUGGAAGGACAACCAGAAAAUGAGAAUGAACCAAAGCUUGGGGAAGAGCCAAAGCCUGAGGAAAAGCCAGAGGAGUAGGAAGAACCAGAGGAGGAAAAAAUGGAAGGAACUUUUAGAGAAAGGCUGAUUCAAUCGCUCCAGGAAUUUAAAGAAGAUAUACACAACAGGCAUUUAAGCAAGGAAGAUAUGUUUAGAGAAGUGAAUGAAAUAGAUGAGAUAAGGAGAGUAAGAAGUAAACUUAUAGUGAUGCAUUGGAAGGUUAAUCGAAACCAUCCUUACCCAUAUUUAAUGUAG